AAAUGGAAUCGGUGUAACGAGGGACUUACAACAAGCCAAUUAUUGGUACCGAAAAGAAAGAAGUGUGAAAAUAAAUAAAACAUUAUAUAUGGAUAUUGAUGAUAAUUCUGGUUUGGAGAAAAUAUUAAAUGACGAAAAAUAUCAGCUAUCAUGGAUUCCUUAUAAUGAAUUUAGGGAUAUUGAAAAGAUAGGAAAUGGUGGAUUCGCGACAGUAUAUUUUGCACAUUGGUUUGAUAAAACUACAAAUGUAUGGAUGCCAUUUGCACUUAAAUUGAUUCAUGAUUCAAAUAAAUAUAAUCAAGAAUUUGCCGAUGAGGUAGUAUAUUAA